AUUCAUGGAAGGGCUGGCAUUGGUAAGACCACUCUUGCUAAAGUCAUCUACAACAAGCUCUUAAUUCUAUUUGAGCAUCAUAGCUUCAUUGCGGACGUUGGAGAAUUAUGUAACCAAAAAGGUAUUGAGCACUUGCAAAGCAAGUUAAUCUUUGAUAUACUGGGAAAAGAUUAUCAGUUGCAUAAUAAGGAUGAUGGAAUUAACUUUAUCUCAUCCAAGUUUAAAGAUAAGAAAGUCCUAAUUCUUCUUGAUCAUUUGGAUACAACUAAUCAGUUAGAGGCUUUGGUUGGAAAUCCUAACUGGUUCGCACCUGGAAGUAGGAUCAUUAUCACCACCAGAGAUAAGAGUGUUCUUGAUAGGGGUGGAGUGGACACCACAUACGAGCCUAAGGAAAUGGAUGAGAAGCAAUCUCUGAUCCUAUUUUCUAGACAUGCAUUUCGAAGAGACUCUCCUCCAAGUGAAUUUUCUACUCUCUCUCGUCUUGUGGUCUCUACAGUAGGAGGGAUUCCCUUAGAUCUGGGGGUUGUAGGUUCAUUUUUGUGCGGAAAAACACAAGCAAUAUGGGCAGAUACAAUAGAGAAGAUGCAAAAUUCGGCUCAUUGGGCAGUGCGAGACACGUUGUGGAUGAAUUAUGAAGCAUUGGAGGAUGAUACAAAACAAAUAUUUCUGGAUAUUGCUUGUCUUUUAAUUGGGAAUGAUGCAAGAGUUGCAUCCUACAUGUGGGAUGCCUGCGGCUUUUAUCCAAGGGUAGGAAUUGAAGUGCUGAGAUCUUUGUCAUUCAUAAAUAUUGGCGAUAAUCAUGAGCUCGGAAUGCAUAAGCAAGUGAGAGAUCUUGGUAGGGAAAUUGUGCGUAGAGAAAACUACAAACCUCACGAACGUAGUAGAUUGUGGGAUUACGAGGAAGCCAUGGAAGUGUUAGAGGGAAAUAAGGGUACUAAUAUAAUUCAAGCCAUUUGUUUAGACAAAGGCAACUCAAAGAGAAUUGCUGACGAAGGCAACUCAGAUGAUAUAAUUGGUCAAGGGAGCUGCGAAUUUACGGGUGAACAAUUUAGAAACUUACCGAGCUUGCGGUUACUUCACAUGAGUGAUGUGAAUAUUACUGGAGAUUUUAAUGAAAUAUUUUCCAAGUUAAGAUGGCUCAAAUGGGGGAAGUGUCCCCCAACUUUCGCAGCAAACAACUUACAUGUAAGGGAAUUAGUCAUACUCGAUUUGUCAGGAAGCUCGAUUUCAGAUGACUGGCAAGGAUGGCGUUCAAUGAUGAUGGCAGAAAAGCUGAAGGUUCUCAACCUUAAAGGUUGUUGUUCUUUAAAAAGUACUUUCUACCUCUCCGCUUUUAAAAGUUUGGAGAUUUUGAUCCUCAGAGAUUGUGACAAAUUAGAGCAAAUUGAUCCUUGUAUUGGAGACGUGGAGACUCUCGUUUCCCUGGACUUGAGUGGAUGUACGUGUCUUGUGAAGCUGCCGCCUCAAAUGGGUAAACUAGAACAUUUGAAGGAACUUCUUCUAGAUCAAACUAUGAUAAAAGAAAUUCCUUCCUCCAUCGGUUAUCUACAAAAGCUAGAGACGCUUAGUGUGAAGGAUUGUAAAUUAUUGCUCGAACUUCCGGACUCGAUAGACCAUUUGGAGAAUUUGCGGUGCUUUUUAUUGGGACGCUGCCACCAACUGAGAAAGAUCCCCAAUUCAAUUGGGAAGUUGGCAUUUCUAACUCAAUUGGAUUUGUCGUGGACGAUGAUCAAGGAAUUACCUGAAUCGAUAGCGGAUUUGCAAAAUUUGGAUGUUCUGGAUAUUGGUCAUAGUGAUAUAGAAAAGCUACCGGAUGGUAUUGGAAGGUUGAAGAAGCUAGGGAUGCUUAGUGCCAAGGAUUGCAAAUUAUUGCUCCAUCUUCCAGACUCAAUAGGCCGUUUGGUGAAUUUGCGAUGCUUAUCAUUGGAACGCUGCCACCGAUUGAGAGAGAUCCCCAGCUCAAUUGGGGAGUUGAAAUUGUUGAGUCAACUGAACUUGAGUGGCUGUUUGUGUCUUGAGGUGCUACCGUCUCAAAUGGGUAAACUAACACAAUUGAAGGAACUUCUUCUAGAUCAAACUAUGAUACGAGAAAUCCCUUCAUCCAUCGGUUGUCUAAAGAAGCUAGAGGUGCUUAGUGCCAAGGAUUGCAAAUUAUUGCAUCGACUCCCAGACUCGAUACGCCAUAUGGUGAAAUUGUCGACCCUUGUGCUAUCAGGCUGUGUUGAGCUUGCGGCACUUCCAGACAGCGUUGGGUUCCUUGUGAAUCUGCGGUGCUUAUCAUUGGGGCAAUGCCACCGAUUGAGAGAGAUGCCCAACUCAAUUGGCAAGCUCAAAUUGUUGACUCAACUGGACUUGAGUGGAUGUUUGUGUCUUGAGGAGCUGCCGCCUCGAAUGGGUAAACUGGAACAAUUGAAGGAACUUCUUCUAGAUCAAACUAUGAUACGAGAAAUUCCUUCCUCCAUCGGUUCUCUAAAGAAGGAACUUCUCCUAGAUCAAACUAUGAUACGAGAAAUUCCUUCCUCCAUCAGUCAUUUAAAGAAGCUAGAGAGGCUUAGUGCCAAGGAUUGCAAAUUAUUGCAUCGACUUCCGAACUCAAUAGGCCGUUUGGUGAAUUUGUCAACCCUCAUCUUAUCAGGCUGUGUCGAGCUUGCGGUACUUCAAGACUGCAUCGGGUUGCUUGUGAAUUUGCGUUGCUUGUCAUUGGGACGUUGCCACCGAUUGAGAGAGAUCCCCAACUCAAUUAGGAAGUUGAAACUGUUGACUCAAUUGGACUUGAGUGGAUGCUCGGGUUUGGAGGAGCUGCCUCCUCAAAUGGGCAAACUAGAACAAUUGGAGGAACUUUUCCUAGAUCAAACUAUGAUACGAGAAAUGCCUUCCUCCACUUGUCAUCUAAAGAAGCUAAAGACGCUUAGUGCCAAGGAUUGUAUAUUAUUGCGUCGACUUCCGAAC